UAUUUAUUUACUUUCCAAAUAUAAAUAUGCGUUAGUAUUCCAAAAAUAACAGUUUGAAAACGGUGAUAGCACGAUGGAGAAACGCAAAUCCCAACUGGUUUCGAACUACAACAAAUUGGAAUUGGAGUGUUCAACAUUGAUUCGUCUUAUACAUGUCCUUCUCCAAAAGAAUUCGGAUGCCGUCCAAGAAAUAACAUGCAUGGGAGCGGAUGAGCUGAUGAAGAACAAAAACUGUUUCCUGAAAGUAUAUCAGGAUGUAUCCAAUAAUAUUCAGAAAGUUCUCUCCAUGAAUGUUGAGCUGGAAUUGUAUUUUGAGGAUGAUGAUGUACCAUCAGAUAGUACAGUGCUUGCUCUUGACUACAAAUCUGCCCCAGUAAAUACUCAGGACGUUUCUAUUAAGAAGAAAAUUGAUGAAGCCAAAUUUAUGAAGAAAACAAGGGUGCAGCAAAAGAAACUCACAUUGAUACCAGAUUUAAUGCUGAAGGGAGUUAAUAGCAAUUCCACAUCUGUGGACAGUGACUUGAUGAGUAAUCUUCAUAUGAAUGAAUUAAAGAAUGUUGAACAAUCAUGUAUUAGAGAAAUUAAAAAUGCUACAGCCCCAAAUUGCAAUGACCAAUGCCUUUUGAGCAUUUACUCUAGCCCAUCACACUUUUACAUUAAUUUGUGUAAUGAUGAAACUUCCAUUAUUGAUUCAUUGGCAAUGCAGUUGACUGAACUUGGUAAUUCAAAUGCUAAGAAAUUUUGUAGCAAACAUGAUGCUCGUGAUAAGAUUAACAAGUAUUGCAUGGCAUAUUGUGAGAGCUGGAAAAGUUGGUAUCGUGCUGAAGUUAUUGAUUGGCUUGAUAUGUAUAAGGGAGAUAUGGUUAGCAUCAUGUUAAUUGAUUAUGGCGAGUUGAAGCAGAUCCAUUGUGCAUAUAUCCAACCAUUGCCAUUAACAUUCUACAAGUAUCCUAGGCUGGCAGUGAAAUGUCAUUUCGCUUAUCUGUAUCCUCCAGGCUCAACACCCACUAAUCUACUGACAAAGUGGCCAAAGAAAUCCUUUGCUGUAUUGGAAAAGGCGUCCACUAACAAAAUGUACCUUCUGACUUAUGUAGAAAAGAUAGGAGAUUCCUAUGGGAUUGAUCUUAUUGAGAGCGAAAAUAGGUCGGAUGAUUCUUUGGGCCAGAGAAUGUUGAAUUUUAAAUUAGCUGUUGAGAUAAUCCCUCCGUCGAAACUUGUUACCAACGGGGUUCAGUCUAGUUUCAUUCGCAAACAGAUCGAAAAAGCUCAAAGUAACGAUGAAAUUAAUGUCGAGGACUUCGACUCUAUGGAAAAAGCAGUUACAGGCUACGAAGCCACAGACGAGAAGAGGAUUUGUAGGUUCACAAGUAACGGACGUUGUUUUAAAGUUGACUGUAAUUUGGAGCACACCGAAAUGCGAAAAGAUGGAAUUACUACGGACAAAAGGAAGGUUUUCACAGGUGAAGUAGAGUCUCUUCAGUUUCCGAGAGUCGGCGAAACUGUUGACAUUAAAAUCACUUAUAUUGUAUCUCUGAAAACUUUUUACGCACAUCUCCGACGACAGAAUGAUAAUGCGGAUAGAUUAAAACAUUUAAUUAUGGAUAUGAAUGAUCCUGACAGAAUAAAAACGUACGAAAAGUUCGAUAUACUCCCGGCAAGUGGAGAAAUAGUUUUGGCCAAGUAUUGGAACAAUAAAUGGUAUAGAUGUUUCGUAAAAUCCGUGGAUUCGGUGACCAAUACUUUGCAACCGCAAAUCCUGGUUUUCUUUGUUGAUUUUGGGGACGUGAUGGAAGUCGCAUUAAGCAGUAUUCGAGUGAUGCUUGAAGAAUUCAUGUACUUACCGUUUCAGGCAGUGAAAUGUAACUUGGCUUACAUUAAACCAUUAAAGACAAUGCCAAAUGAAUGGUGUAGAAGAUACAUGGAAACCAAUUAUCUUUCUAAACCUUUGCAGGCAGAAGUCAUAUACGCAGGUGUUGACGUUUUAGAAGUUGUGUUAUAUGAAUCAGGAUCGAAUAUAGGAAACGAACUUGUGUUUAACGAGUUGGCGGAGAUACAGGAGGAACUUCUGUUACCAGCAGAGGACCAAUCCAUAUUUUUGGAAUAAUCCCACCAACAGUUACUAUUGAAUUGUUAUAUUUUAUUAGAAUUAAAUGUGUUUUGGAUUACUUUAUUUAGCAA